AUGGCAAUCGCGCCGCCGCUCAGCUUAGGCUGGGGCUAUGGUAUUGUCCUGGGUCUCGGUGCUCUAUUCGCGUUCGGCAUGAUCCUGGUUACCUGGAUCCUCAAGCGCUAUAACCAUGAGCUUCAGACUUCGGAAAUGUUCAGCACAGCAGGCCGAACUGUGAAAUCGGGCCUGGUGGCUUCAGCGGUGGUGUCUUCUUGGACGUGGGCGGCUACACUGCUCCAGAGCUCGGGUGUUGCAUAUCGAUAUGGCGUCUCGGGCCCUUUCUGGUAUGCUAGUGGUGCUACUGUGCAGAUUUUGCUAUUUGCGACUAUUGCCAUUGAGUUGAAGAGGAGGGCGCCUAAUGCUCAUACCUUCCUUGAAGUCAUCAAAGCGCGAUAUGGAGUUAAGGCACAUAUCGUCUUCACCGUUUUCGGUUUGAUGACCAACAUCCUUGUCACAUCUAUGUUGUUGACAGGCGGCUCCGCGGUUGUGUCUUCCCUAACCGGAAUGCCUACGGCGGCAGCAUGUUUCUUACUUCCACUUGGUGUCGUGAUGUACACUAUGUUUGGUGGUAUCAAGGCUACAUUCCUGACUGACUGGGUGCACACAUUCAUCCUCCUCAUCAUUAUCAUAGUUUUUGCCCUCUCCACAUAUGCCACGAGCAGCGUCCUCGGCUCUCCUAAAGCCGUCUUUGACCUGCUCAUCAAGGCGGCAGCCGACCAUCCAGUUGAAGGAAAUGCUGGAGGAAGUUACUUGACCAUGCAAUCCAAGGAGGGCGCCAUCUUCUUCGUCAUAAACAUUGUUGGUAACUUUGGAACCGUAUUCUUAGACAAUGGCUACUACAACAAAGCCAUCGCCGCAUCCCCGGUCCACGCUCUCCCCGGCUACAUCAUGGGUGGUAUAUCAUGGUUUGCUAUCCCUUGGCUUAUGGCUACAACCAUGGGUCUGGCUGCUCUGGCCCUCGAAAGCAACCCCGCAUUCCCUACGUUCCCCAACCGUAUGCUAGAUGCAGACGUUUCCGCCGGGUUGGUCGUCCCAUACGCCGCCGUGGCGCUUCUUGGGAGUGGUGGUGCCGUCGCCAUCCUGCUUAUCGUCUUCAUGGCUGUUACUUCCGCCAGUUCUGCAGAGUUAAUUGCCGUCUCCUCGAUUUUCACCUAUGACAUCUACCAUACAUAUAUCAACCCCGGCGCUAGCGGCAAGAGGCUGAUAUAUAUGUCUCACGCUAUGGUUGUCGGCUUUGGCUUAUUCAUGGCAGCUUUCUCUGUCGGACUCUUCUACGCAGGCGUUUCCAUGGGCUACCUCUACCUUAUGAUGGGCGUUAUAAUUUCCUCCGCAGUCAUUCCCGCGACGUUAACCAUCAUGUGGAAAGGCCAUAACGCCUGGGCAGCCACCCUCACACCUCCCCUUGGGCUGGUCUGCUCCCUCAUCGCCUGGCUCGUAACCGCCAAAAAGACCUGCGGCAGCUUAGACGUCGACUGCACAGGAAGCAACAAUCCCAUGCUAGCAGGAAACGUAGUAGCGCUCCUCUCCCCACUAAUUUUCACGCCUCUCUUCACGCUCAUCUUCGGCAUGGAUAACUACGACUGGGCGUCCAUGGCAGCAAUCCGCAAAGGCGACGACCAUGAUCUCGCAGCCGAAGCUCACAUCGACCUCGAACUUGUCCCUGGCGAAUCUCACCAUAGCGCUGAAGCUGAAGCCGCCGAACAAUCCAGCCUCCUACGCGCAUCCAACAUCGCGAAAAUCACAACCGUCGUCAUGACUCUCGCACUCCUCGUCCUCUGGCCCAUGCCGAUGUACGGCAGCGGCUACAUCUUCAGCGAGAAAUUCUUCACUGGCUGGGUGGUAGUGGGGAUAAUCUGGAUCUUCGGCAGCUUGCUCUGCGUAGGCGUGUACCCGGUCUUUGAAGGUCGCGAAGCUUUGUGGUUCACGAUCAAGGCUAUCUAUCUCGAUGUCACGGGCAAGAAACAUCCGAGUAGUUUCCAUACUUCGAGUGCUACUUAUGUGGAGGGUAAGGAGGUCGGUACAGGUACAGAGACGCCGCCUGAGAAGGCCUUGAAGGGGAGGAGUGUUGCUGUUGCGAAGGAAUAA